AUGGUGAACACGGGUCGACCGAGUCCGGCAUGCAAAGCUUGUCGCGCAAGGAGGCUGAAGUGCGACCAGACUAAGCCGGCGUGCAUCAAAUGCAUUAAGGCUAAGAGGGUGUGUCCCGGCUAUAGGGAACCGUUCGAGGUCAACUUUCGCGAUCAGACGCAGUCAACAAUCAGGAAACACCAACGGUCAAAUUCCAACACGAAGAGCAUUGAGAGUGACCGAUGCAGCAUCGACGAGCGGUAUGUGUCUCGAUUGGCCCAUGACGGCACUGCCGUGGACAGACAGCGACUGACAAGAAACUGUAGGCCAGGCUCUUCUUCAAGCGACGAGAGUCCCUCGACCUCACCAAACUACACGCCUGUCUUCGAGUUCACGCCAACAAAUACAAAAGACUUCGAAAUCUUGCGCCUACAACCUCCCCUAGAGCUGCAAGCUACUUGCUUCUUCGCUACCAAUUUCAUCGCGACGCAGAGUAUGAACCUGGAUGGCGGCAUGAGGUUUCUUGACCCCCUUGUUCAUGGAGCCCAGGAGGGCUCAGCCUUCCAUUCCACGUUUCUGGCAGCGUCGAUGGCGUCUUUGGCCAGCAGACCCAAUGGCGGGUCUCUUGUUCCCCUGGCACGGGUCUAUUAUCACAAGGCCCUGAGACAAGUGUCCACGGUCGUUCAGGACAGGGACAAAUCCAAAGAGGACGAGACGCUGGCGGCCAUUAUUAUGCUGAUAUUAUACGAAGUAUUAAUGUGGGAAGACCAAUCCCAAGGCAGUCUCCGCUUCCACAUCCACGGUGCGCAAGCCAUCGUAAAGCUGCGCGGGCCAGAGCAGAGACGCAGUCCCGUGGGCUAUGGCAUGUUCGAAUUCAUCCGGGCAUUCAUGGUCCAUCAAUACGUACACUCCCCCGACUAUGACGCGGGAGAUAUCAAAUGGUGGGCAUCGGAAGGAAGCACGGAUGAGCCCCGCCAUGUGCUGCAGCGGCUCAAUGUCGAGGCGACGCUCUUGAGACGCCAGUUGACCCAAUUCAUGGCCUGCGAGGAUAUUGACGACGAAGGAGCAGCCAGGGAGAAAACCCCCAUGGCAUACCGUAUAUUGAGAAAGGCCAAACGCCUCGACGCCCAGUUAGCGGCCUGGUUCAGGGGUGUGGGAGAUGUCUGGCAACCUAAGAUCGAUCACGUGCAGGACGAAGUGCCGGAAAAUCUCCUCCAUCGAGCACUCGCGUAUCCAGGAAAUGUUUACACGUUCAACAGCAUCUGGAUUUCAGCCAAGUUUCUCAACGCGCACACGCACCGGCUGAUACUGGCCGAGAUCAUGGCCCAGAUUGUCGACUGGCUCAGGGAACAUCAAUGCGGCAGUGGCACUUACGAGACGAUGAACUUGGGCAUGGGCAUAGACAUGGACAGGGAAAAGGAGGAAGCCGAAUUAAUAGCCCGCCAACAAGUUUCCGAGAUCGUUGCCAUGACGCCGUACUUCUGUGGAUGGCCCGACCCCGCCUCGCCUUCUCCAUACGGAGGCAUGACGUGCAGUUUCCAGCUGUUCGUGUGUGCUUCGAGUCCGUUUAUCUCCGCGAGGCAGAAAGCCUUCAUGGUUGGAAGACUGAGCCACAUCGCCCAAUCUUCAGGACUUAAGCUGGCUGGCAAAUUUGCCGAGGGCCUCGUGACCAGACUGAAGGUGGUCGACAGAGACGAAGUUGCACGGAGGGUUUUGUGACAGAUUGUGCAAACCUGUCAUGUCAGACUCACCGAGAUGACACGCAGGUGGCAGGUAAAGAUGGGAAUGGUGGACCAUGUUCCGUUCACAAUUAACGAAUUCAGUCAACUGAUUACGGCUGGUAUAGAAAGCCACCAUGUACAUUCAUUUCACUCUAGGUUACUAAGAUCGGGGACACAAGACGCCCAAGGACGGGCAACGAUUUCUAUACUUACAAAUGAUGACUGAG